AUUCGAGCAUCCGCAUGAGACGACGAAGAACGAACUUUAAACCCGCAUGCGGAUGUGUUUCUAGGUUAGGUAGAAGCCAAAAAGUAAAAUAAGCUUAAAAUUUAAUUGAAAGUAUUUCCUAUGGAAUAACUGUUGCUCUGAAAAGAGAAUGCCAGGAGCUAUUAUGGAAUGUCCGGAUUUUGGUGAAUUUCAGGAUGCCCUUAAACUUAUGCGUAAAACUGACGAUAUUAUAGUGAACACUAUAAACUCGGCGAUUCCAACAAAUUCAUUCCAUGCCGAUGAAACUAACGCCUGUAAAAGCGUCUAUGAGCAAAUUCAGCAGGGGCAUGAGAGAAGGGAGAAUUACAUAAAAAACUGCAUUUCUGUAACUUCAGGAAAUGUACAAAGGUUGAAGAAUGAAAGAGAAACUAAGUCUGAUAUUCAGCCAUUGUCCAAGCAGUUAAGGGCUGAACAAACGAAGCUGAGAAUGUUGCAAGUAGAACUAUCAGUAGAGGAUCUUAUUAAGGAGAGAUCGAUGAAGGUUUUCAACGAGAGAUGCCGCAAGUUCUUCCGACCAUUAUGAUAUUUUACCGCUACCAGUUUUGUAUAGUAGAAAAGCCCCCUUUAUAAUCUUUUUACAGUAGCUAAUUAACUUGUCUCAAUUG